AAUUUGUUGAGCUAGAAUUUUGUAUGAAUGAUAACACGUACUAAAACCUGCACCUGCUAAGACCAAGAUCGUUAGAAGUUCAACCAGUGAACCGAAAGUCUUGUCGCAACCAGCGAGGAACAUGAAGCCUCUGGCCUGUCUGUAUUCCACGUGGCUGUGCCUCACGACGGUUUCUGCUACGUUGCUGCUUUUUUACUUCAGCUUUCUCGAUUUCGUGGAGGUUCUUUGGCCGCACGGGGAUUUUCCCAGAAGUACGGUACACUACAAGGCGGGAGCUUCUCCUGGUGCGGCAUUGUUGCAUGAGGAUGAUGGGAUACUUCUCCCUUUCGAGCAACGGUUCAUCCACGGGAUCGCCAUCCCGUUUCUGAUAGCGAUUCUCGCCCUCUUCCUCGUUUUACUCCGGUUUUCCUCGAUCGCCAGAGGCGUAUUGGGAUUCUGUUGCUGCUGCUGCUGCUGCCGACUUUGCGAGAGGUGUUGCAGCCGGAGAAUAAAAGAUGAGGGUAAAAAAGGUCAUGGUCGAGGACGAGAAGGAGCACCAACAUCUUCUAAACACGACAUCAAGAAGCUGACUGACGACUGCCAGGUUCUGUCAAUUUUCGCCAUUGGCGCCACUUUUCUGUUGUACCAAGCGACCUUUGGGCAGUACUACCGGGGGAGAACCGCGAGGCAGGAUUAUUUGAACUACGGAAAAGUGUACUCCGCGCCGCUGCGAAAACUGGUAUCUAGUGAAGCAUUGUUCAACUACAGAAACACAAACAACCCCCCAGACGAACAAGACCACGACAAUCACAAUCUCUACGACUUCCCCGGCGCGGCCAGUGCGACUAGUGUUUUACAGUCACUGCCGCUCGCGAUUCAGGCAGCAGACGAUUCGAAUCUGGUGAAGCAAGCAGCACAAGAUGAAGCCACGAUUGUUCUGUCGCAGCACCAGCACGCCGACUCGGGUCACACAACUCCACGUGCUCCACGACCUGCACCUGAGGAGCAUAAUUUUGCCGAUCUUCUUCGCUACUCAGCGAAGUUCGUCAACCAUCGGUCCUCCUCUUUCUCCAGUGCGGUGUCUCUGUUCAACCACCAGGGCAGUCGAAUCAAGAACAUCGUCGGGAUUUUGGAAGAUGGGGUGAGUGUGCACAAGUUUUACGCUGGAGUCGCAGGAAUGCUAGCUGCGGACAGAAGAAAGUUCCGAAGGAGCUCUGCUGAGAUGAACGGUGACGCGGCGCAACAAGUAAAUGACCAAGAAGCACCAGCACAGCGUGUUGCUCCAGUCCCCGCUCGUGUUCCACCUGCUCCUGCUCGAGGCGCACCCCGCGCAACAAGCCGAUCGAAGCUAUCUUUCGCACAGGUAAACUUCAAGAACAUUAUUCCGGAGCAGCUGCAGCUGACCUCAACUUCAUCCCCUCGCCAAGCCCUUGACGACGACGCGAUGUCGGGUGGAAGUACUUCUGCGCGGCAACUACAAUUCAAAUUCUCCGUUCUGCGACAGAAACUGGGCGAGGCUUUUUUCCAGUACCAGAUGCAAUGCUCUAAACGGACGUUUUCCUUCCUGCUCUUGCAGCUGUAUUUGUUUGUGUACCUACUUUUUCGGGUGUACCGCACGGCAAAGAAUCAGUACCAGCUGGCCAGGCGGAGAAGGAUCGUUGUGGACGAAGAUGAUUAUGAAGAGGAUGUAAAUGCUGGUGAAGAUGGUUUUGCUGUUGACGCGACUGUUCUUCCCAUCGAGAUCGAAGACCAAGAACUGCAGGACCACAGUAUUAACCAAGAAAAACUACCCUUACUUAAGGAUGAGCAGAUGCAGAAGAACACAGCAACACAAUCCGCACCGCCGGAACUACUAGAUCCCGAGAUGAAGGGCAGCUCGGUCGUAGUACCAUCUACGGAGGGCUCCGGCCAGGAGAACAGCCGUCAAGAAACUUCAACCACUUCUGCGGCAGACGAAGAACUACAAAAGCCAGCCCCUCCCUCGACGUCCACCACUAGUACUGUCUCGUCGUCGUCGAGACAAAGCCCCAGACGCAAACUCUUGGUGAGCCAAAAGUGCCUCCUAUAAAAUGCAAAAAUGUCUGGGUCUGGAAGAUUUGGAGACUUGUCAUGCAUAUUUUCCAUGAGACAUGAUGUCUGUGAUGCAUGCCGUAGCAUCACAGAUUUCAUGAGGGCUUUGUGAUACCUCUACCGCAUGAGAAAUGCCCUCUCCGCGUAGCACAAAAUGGAGUCCUCUUGCUGGUCAUGCAAUACAAAUCUUUUUAGAAUCCAGAGACAGCAUCACAAGUUCCAACCUUCCAGACACAGUAGACAUUUUUGCAUUUGAUAUCUCCUGCUUCUCAGCGCGCUCUGGUUUUUCUGCGGAGUUCACGGCAUCAGUUGGGUCGUCGGGUACCUGGACCUACGGGCAAUUUUUUCUGCUUAUUCUCACGAGCCCACAGCAUACCACUUACCUCGCGGCCCGCCGACUUGCGUCACGGACGCCGUGGCGUAUGCCGUCGGGAAGCAGGCCCUGCUAAAUUGCGGUGGCGGGCUGUUGCUUUUUGUCCUUUUUCUCGCACAGCAACACUGCUGCCAGAAAACGAAGACCUCGUUCUGGACUUCGAUGCUUGUGUUGGUACUCAUGCUGGUUCACGUCGCGUUUACCGUUUGGUCUGCGAAGGAGGAAUCCGUGGAAGUGUUUGAGGAAUUCCAUGACGGUGGACGAGAGCAGAACCUGAGACGAGGGCACGACGACGACGACCAAAGCUUGUUCUACUACCCGCAUCAUGCAGAUAAAAAACGCUCUUCCCUCAGUCUCCUCCCCCUAGAGGAGUCUGGGCUCGCCAUCCCAGAUCUCCUCUACGACUCCAAGAUGCGGGGAGGGUUUAACCAGAUUGACGGGCCAGUAGAUUUGCGGGAAGCCUUCGCCGGUGUCGGGCCGGGGGACGAUCCGCUAUACAACUCCGAAGCCGGCGCGCGGGCAGCCGGAAGUUCAUUAUUGACUCCGCCAUCUGAAGAUGUGGAUCCUCCAAGUGGAAGCGCGGUUGGUAUUGAACAUAACCACGCGGGACGACUACAAGUAGAACGUCAAGAACGGCUCCAGGCGUAUGAAAGUUGGAAGAGGCUGACACACCUCUAUACCAAGCUAUCUGACAAUUUUCUCACAAUCCCCAGCUUCUCCGUCUGUCCGCAAGUGCUGUUUUUGGUUUUCCAUUUCUACUUGAUGCUGCUUUUUUUCACGAACAAAAACGAGUUUCUGUUGCUGGGGGAGCUGGAAAAGCAAGCGAGGUGGAACCAGUUGGCUAUGCAAGAAAAAAACUGUGUAAGUGUAAAUCUGUGAUGCAGAAAAUGCAAAACAGUUACUUUACACUUUCCAUGUUCGACAUGCGUGAUCGGCUCGCUUCCUAUGUGUUUUCCCUUCCUAUCUGCGCAUCACAAGUUUUUCCUGUCAUAGCAGACAAACUUGUAGCGCUGCUUUCCCAAAAGACUUACACUAACACAGUUUUUUUUUGCAUAUUGGCUGCGGAGGGACGAGUGACACAGGAGAUGAAUAACGACAACUAUGCGCUUUCUGCAAAUUACCGGAAUUCUGGAAAUCAUGGAACCAUCGCUGCCGGAAGUAGUAGAAGGGGAGCAUCUUCUAUCUUAGAGCAGGAGCGAAACAAAAACAGAGACCGGAAGAUGUUGGAGAAAACCUAUUCAGCCGGCUCUCCCGGGACCACGAGGAGGCCGGAAGCACAACUAGGGGCAAACGACAAUGAAGACAGCGACUUCGAUGAGACAAGCAUGAGCUCCUCGGUGUCGUCUGUAGUGUCUGUGCCGAGAAAAAUCAACUUGGUAUUAACAGCAACGUCGGCUAGGGGAGCGGCGGGUGCUGCCAACGGAAUGGUCAAUGACAACCCAGUAGCUUCUCGUCCUACAGCCCCGUCCUUUCUACAACAACCCGCAUCUUCUGAGACCGCAGCUGAGGCCGCGGGUAACCAGACGCGGCCGGCGGCCCCGUUCUUGGCGACUAAUAUAGGCGAACCCGAACAAGGGCUCCUCCAUGGCGGAGAGGAAGACGACGAUGCUGGCUACUACACCGAUGCUUCGGUGUGAAAGCUGCGCCCGUAGUAAGUCGUCGCAGUAAAAACGUGGAUCAAAUGUUCGGGACAACAACAUCAGGAUACACGUAUUUUUGGUUCGCGCGGCCUUGUCUGGCCAAAAGCCAAAAACAUGGCACUUCGACAGCGAGGGAUUUUCGCUAUCGCUUGUUACGUAAAAAUUAUCUACAAAUGAACAGGCACUGCACGUUUUGAUUUUAUGGUUGUUCCAUGAAGGUAUGUGUGGCACCACUCGGUCAAGAACAAAGAACGAGCAACAUCUUCGGAGGUGUUGAGGAAGAACAUUGCGCCACUUUGCUGUAGUGUCGACGACUGACCCUUUCUGUUUUAGCUUUUCCUCCAAGAAUAAAGAACCAACAAGGUCCUCGUGCAGUACGCAUAUUAGAUGCGAACACAAACAGUCUUUGCGUUAUUUGGAAAUGAAUAGAAAGUCUUUAGCCCUCAU